AUGGCACAGAGAAAGAAUCCCAAACCUCACCCGAAAAAAGGUCAGUACCUCGGCUCUGCUCGUCCUGGACGCGCCUCUUGGUUUUCUGUACAGAACCUCAUUUGAAAUUCUUCAGUUUUAAGUUGUUUUCCAUAGCGGUACAGAUGCACGUUGAACAGAGCAAAAAUAAAGAUGUUAAAGAAAUAAUUUGGGGAUUUCUUGUAUUUAAUAAUCAUUCUGACAUUAUUAAAAACUUAAACUAAAGCUUUUAUAGUUAAAUCGCUUUGGUUCCCACGGUCUUUCCUGGUCUGCUGGGCGUCCGAGGAUCCAGAAAACCAUCAUGAAUAAAACUGAUUAUUUUGGUCAAAUUAACAUUUCUAGUUAAAGCAGCUUAUACCAGACUGAUAAGAGGUUGUUGUAGGUUUGUGUUACUUCAGGUCUCAUGUCUCCUUCCUGGUCCGUAUUGCUAAAAAAGAAGAAGAAUUUGUAAAGUUACAAAAUCAUGAAUGGAGUUUGGUGCGGAGAUCUCGUUAGACAAAAUCCUGGGCUGCUCUCGCCUGUUUUGUAUUUAAUCAAAGAUCCCAGUUAUCAGAGAAGACUUGACUUAAACAUCUGAAGUUAAUGGAUAAGUUUGGAGAAGGUUUGGACCGUGUGACCUGGAGAAACAUGGAGGUGGCCCUGUUACUGAUGCUAAGCUAACAUGCUAUGAUAACUGACAGACAGCUAGCUUGUUUCUGAUGCUGCUGAAGCUUUAAAAGAGUUUAAUAACUCAGAUAAACCAACAGAAACGACCUUAUUUACAGGUUUUAAGGCUCUGAAUAUGUAACAAUAAUAAACCCCUGAAUCAUGAACCUUAAAAAACUGUUCCUGGUAUUUGAAGCAUGUCUGAACUUCUUUAUUUUCUUCAUAUUUACUUCUUCAUCAGAUCUUUACUGAUAUUUUCAUAUCUCCUCUUUUUGGUCGAUAGACUCUGAACACAUUUAUAUUUGAUCUUUAAAGUUGUAGCUGAUAUUACCAUCACUUUUUUCCCUUUGAUAAUAAACUCAGACUCUUUUAUUAAAGUUCUCACACAUGGAGGGACAGUCUGCAGAGUUAAAGGGAUAUAAAAUUAAUUUAGGGUCAAACCCACCGUAACCCCGAGUUAGACCCCCCCUCCAGAGAUGAAUUACUAAAGUUGGUAUAACUAGAGAAGCAAGCGGUCGUCAACAUUCAUCUCUGGAGGGGGGGUCUAACUCGGUGUUACGGUGGGUUUGACCCUACAUUAAUUUUACAGCAGAAUGUUCCUUUAAUCUGAAGAGUCCGUCCCAGUGUUCGUUAUCUAAGAUGAUAUCAGACCUCAAACUCCCAGUGGACACACGUCUGUGAGUCAGGCUGUGGUGAGUCAAACUGCUCCAUUGUGUUUCCGAGGGGACGGUGAGGUUAAAUGACCUUCUCUGAAUGUAAACGACGGCAGCAGAAACAGAUCCAUGUUGUUCUCCCAGCAGAACAACCAUCAGCUCUUUAUUUCGCUCUCUUUGGUCAGAUCUGCUGUAUCUUCAUCACACAUGGUUUGUCACUUCGCUCCUUUUGUUCUCGCCCUUCUGGUUUGUUUGUUCACACAUGCAAAUAAAAAACACUGAACCAGGAGCAGGAGACGACAAACGUGUCCUGACGCUCCUCCUGCAGCAGAAUAACUUCAUCUCAAACGUUCAGUUUAGAGGUUUGAUUCAGUUUUUAUCUCCUGAAAUGGAGGAAAAAGACUCAUGAUUGUUCUGGUUUUGAUCGUCUCAUUUUAUCAUCUGAAGGACUAAAGGGACGAGUGUGUGGAGAUGAGAAUAUUCAGUCACUGUCAAAACGAAUUAUCGCCUUAUUCCGAUCAAGACCCGACAACUGAAGGUCAUGUAAACACCUUAGUCCGACUAUAAUCAGAGUCGGAGAACUCCGAACUCUGAGGGACGAAGUUUAAAAGACAUUUUAGGGUUAAAAUGAUCCGAAAUAAAACAGAUUUUUAUGGUUUUCAGAUGAUUUUAAACCAACUUUGUCCAACAGGUUAGUCACAUGACUCUGGAGUGGGAAUCUACGCAGGGAAAGGACAACUGGACUUAGUUGAACUGAGUCCAGUUGUCCUUUCAACGUAGAAUUAGAAAUCAUUCAGUCCGUUUCCAUGACACUCAAGAAAAACAAAUUAUCGUCUUAUUCCGAUUAAGUCCGGACAACUGUCGGACAAAAACAACGCUGUACGAUGCUCCAUCUUCUUGUUUCUCCAAAAUGCCCAGCAGCAGUUGUAGACACUUCUGACGUCUGACACCGACCUGCUGUUGUUGUUGACGGUUGGAUGGGGUCGGAAACAGCGCCGCUGAAAAGAUCCAUAUCGCCCCCUAGUGUUCGGGAGGAGGACACGUUCACGUCAGUAAUUCGAUUUCAAUACAAGGACAAGGAGAGAAGAACCAGUAAAUCAGCUGAUCUCUGAACUUCUUCAUGACCAGUUUUUAAUGUCCGGGUCUGAAACACGAUACUAGCCCCGCCUCCUCUUCACUCUGAUUGGUCCAUGAUGAGAAAAGCAAAUGAGACCAGCAGGAAGGAAGAAGACCUGUGUGUGUGUGUGUGUGUGUGUGUGUGUGUGUGUGUGUGAAAACAAGAGUCAAGGUUAUGGGCUAUUCUGUCCUCUCUGGUAUUUCACACACACACACACACACACACAUACACACACACACACACACUGGUUUUGUCAGCUCUAAUAAUAGGGGAGAUCAGGUUCUGGAUGGUCAGUGGACUGUGGUAUGAAGAAGAGGAGGAGGAGGAGGAGGAGCUCUCUGUGACGGUCUCCUCAGUUCAGUCGCCCUUUAUCGGCUGAACUUACAGCUGUCGUUUCUGUCAGCGUAGAUGGUCUAGAUCUCCGUUUAGAUGGUCUAGAUCUCCGUUUAGAUGGUCUAGAUCUCCGGUUAGAAGGUCUAGAUCUCCGUUUAGAUGUUCUCUGACUGUUUUUCGUCAGUAUAGAUGAUCUACACUGAUGGACUCUGACUGAUCUCCGGUCCAGUUUCUGUCGUUUUUCCAUCGUUUUUUUUGUCGUCUUUUGUUGGUAAAGCGCUCUGAUAUUUCGGGUUUAUCUCUCCGUGUUGGUUCUAGUUCUGGUUCCGUCCCUCUAAUGCGGGUCUAGAGUUCCGUUCACUCUGUUUUUUGGACCAGCUGGGUCGGUCCGCUCCGGUUCCUCCUUGGCUCGGCUCGGUCUUCUUUUGAUUCAUCGGAGGCCAAAGAUCGUCCAUGCAGCGCUAUCGCCACUUUGGCUCCUCCUACUCCUCCCCUCCCUCACCCCCCUCACCUCCUGUCGAGGAGAUCCACGCUGAGGAGGAGGAGGUGUUUGAUGAGGAGGUGUAUGAAGAGGGGGUGUAUGAAGAGGAGGUGAUACAGGAGAGGGCGGAGUCAGCAGAGCAGGAGACAGGUAGGACAGGUGGACCAAUGAGGUUUGACCCGGUUUGGUUUGAUUUGGUUCUGACCCGGCCCGGUUUGGCUUGGAUAGGGAGUGAUGAGGAGGUCCAGAAGAAGAAGGAAGAGGAGGUGCAACCUGGUCACCAGGAGACAGAUGGGAGUGAAUCAGCAGGUAACUGGACUAACUGGUUUGGUUAAGUGGAGAAUGGUGUGGUUCUGGUCUUGGUGUGGUUUGGACCAGUUUGCUGUGGUUCUGGUCUUGCUGUGGUUCUGGUUUUUGCUGUGGUUCUGGUAGAGCUCAGACAUUGUGCAUGGAGAACUGACUGAGACUGUCUGUCCAGUAACACGCCUGGAGUAGCUCCUAACUCACACUGUUCCACUCUCCGUUGGUUGACUCUCUAAAGUUCACACUGAUGGACAAACAGCUGACCCCCCCCCGGGUCAGGGUGACUCUGGUCCUGGUCCUGGUCAGUCUGCCCUCUCUGCUUUAUUGACUCUUUCACUACCUGAAACUGGACCUGGUUCUGGUUCACAUCACUGAACAUUGGUUUCUCAGGGUUUGACUCUAACUUUGUUCUCCUGAGUUUAAAAAGUAAGGAGCACAAAGAACUUUAGAGGAUCAAUGAAAACUGAUCAAUAAUGUUUGUCUUAUUGAUCGACCUUAGUUACCUUAGCUACUUGGACUUAAAUAGACUAAGAUUUCAAUAGACUUAAGUAGACUUGAAAAGACUUAUGUAGACUUAGACCUAAAUAGACUUGGACUGAAAUAGACUUAAGUAGACUUGAAUAGACUUGACUAUAUUUAAAUAGACAUAGAUUGACUUAAAUCGACUAAAACAGUCUAAAAUCGACUUAAGUAGACUUGUCAUCAUGUGAUAUAAUGACUGACGUAAAGUUGGUUGAAGACCUGACUCAGAACCUAAACUGUUUAUUUUUCUGUCUUCAGAGGGAAAAACUCCAUCAGUGGAGAGCAAGAAUGGGAGGAGAGGAGGAGGAGAAGGAGGAGGAGGUGGAGGUGGUGGAGGAGGAGGUGGAGGAGGUCCAAAGUACUCCAUGUUCACCUGGUUUGUGGUCCUGGCUCUGCUGGGAGUGUGGAGCUCUGUGGCGGUGGUCUACUUCGACAUCGUGGACUACGACAGUGUUAUUGGUAAGUGGACUCGGUCUGGAGUGACCUUCUCCAGGGUCUGAAGGUGACUUUAAAAAGAUGGAUCAUUGUGAAGGACACAUUCAGGGUCAGGGUCAGGAGGUCUGACUCUGUGGGGUCUGAUCUCCUCUGGGUUGAGAGGAGUUCAGUCUGUUUCUGAUGAGGGUUAGAAAUUUAAUGAUCUUCUAUUAUUAUCAAUUAUUUAUCAAUAAAUCAGAGUCUCAUGAUUGAUCCAGAAGAUAAACUCGGUCCAGUCCUGACCCUGAAGAUCCUCCAGAUUCCUGUUAGACUGAGAGGAGCUCCUCUAACCUCUCUUCUCUUUGUCUCCUUCACUUACUUCCUUUCCUCCCCUCCUUUCCUUCCUUCUUUCCUUCUCUUCCUUCCUUUUCUUUCCCUUCCUUCCUUUCCUUUCCUACCUUCCUUCCCUUCCCUUCCUUCUUUCCUUUCCUUUCCUUCCCUUCCCUUCCCUUCC